UAUUAUUUUCGUUCUAUGAUUGAGUGGGUGCAAACAUGGCGUUAGAGUUGAGCUGUCAUUCGACGAUGCCAUUGGACUUUAGCAGCAAUGGUUCGAAUCGGGAAUCGAGCAAAAGUCCGGAAGUGAACGUGUCCGAUUCGGUUCCCGCGAGUCCGACGGGAACCGGGAACAGCGCUUUUACCGUCGUCACGCCGAAAGGACGGACCAAAGGUGGCUUGCUGGAGAGGGAGCCAUCCCCGCCAGCUUUCCCGUCGUCGCUGGGAUUUACGAGUUACUGCAGAUCGAUCUGGGGCUCCUCGAUAACACCCGAUGGACCCAGGUACCUGUCGACGCUAGCUCGUUCCGAAACCUCCAAGGAGAGAUCGCCAGAACGGAUAACUUUCGGCAUCAGUCGAAUCGUCUCCAAGUCCGACGACGAAGACGAACGAUCGAACAACAACAACACCAAGUACUGUCACAAGGACGAAAACCUGAGCUAUUUCAGCGGCGACGACAAAAGUCCCGUUCGGGUAGCAGCAUGGGAUCGUUCCCCCUCCCGACCGUCGCCCGAUACCUCUCCGGAACUGGAAGUAGAUUCGCCUCCUCACUCACCGUCACCGCGUCCUCCUUCCGUGACCGAUCUUCAAAAAGGCGAUUCACCCAAUAAAAAGUCCGAAGCGUUUUCGGUAAGCGCUCUACUAAGGCCAGAUAAUCCAAAAAAAUCACCCAAGACGCCGUGUUACCAAGAGACAAUAUCGGUCACGAGGUCGUACCUGUAUCCUCCGUUCGUAGACCUGGUGAAAGACGCUCAGCAAUUGAAGAGCGCUCAAGAGUACAACGCUGCUUUCUUCCCUCGAAGUUUCGUACAUCCUGGUUUCUUCCCGUCGACUUUCUAUACCCAGAAAGAUGGGGAGGAACGGGGCUUUCUACCGAACCCCACGUCGUUAUACUUUAGCGCUGUGGCUGCUGCCAUGGCAAGCGGGCAAGCUCAGAGCGGUCAGUAUCCACUGAGUACCCCUAGCGCAGAAGAUUUGUACAGGCUGCGGCACCACGUGAUGACGAAUCCGACGGCGGGUAUUCCGCCACACCAUCAUCUUCUGAUGAGGCCGGGGAUGAUGCCUAUAGGUGAUGUUUAUUCGUGCAUCAAGUGCGAGAAGAUGUUCUCCACGCCUCACGGUUUGGAGGUGCACGCCAGGAGGUCCCAUAACGGGAAGAGACCAUUCGCUUGCGAGCUGUGCAACAAGACUUUUGGCCACGAAAUAAGCCUGAGCCAGCACAGGGCUGUUCACAACGUAGAGAAAGUCUUCGAGUGCAAGCAGUGCGGGAAGUCCUUCAAGAGGUCAUCGACUCUGUCAACCCACCUCCUGAUCCAUUCCGAUACGCGGCCUUAUCCUUGCCAAUACUGCGGCAAGAGGUUUCACCAAAAGUCCGACAUGAAAAAGCACACCUACAUACAUACCGGCGAGAAACCCCACAAGUGCACCGUCUGCGGCAAAGCAUUCAGCCAAUCCUCCAACCUGAUCACGCACUCCAGGAAGCACACCGGCUUCAAGCCCUUCGCCUGCGACCUCUGCGGACGCGCGUUCCAACGCAAGGUGGACUUGCGACGCCACAAGGAGACGCAACACACCGAGCUACGGCCCAUAGUCACAUAGUGUCAA